AUGGAUGCAUUAAAAGCUCUCGGAAUAGAAUUUAAUCACAAAAUAAAUAUUGCAGCUUCUUUUCUAUCUGAUUGUACAGCGGAUGAUGAGAAACGGGAUUAUCUGAGAUCUUUAAUCUCCACGGCUGGAAGUAGUGAAUCUAUCGAACAACGAACAUUAGAAGGUAAAUUUCCUUCAUCAAAAAAAAUUAUAUUUGUUGAAAUUAAUAGAACAUCUGCCUUGAUGCUAUACGACAAUUUGAUUUAUUUAGAUUCAUUAUUUGAAAGUGUGUUAGAAGUUAUUGAUGCCCAGUGUUUUAUCCAACAUCCUAAUAAAAAACCUCUUGCUAUAAUUGAGAUGCAAGCACUAUAUGCAAGGCUGGCUUAUAAAGACCUUUAUCGUUUAGUUACGAAUGAGGAUUCUAAUUCUAGGUUCCUAAUAACUGGCACAUCAGGUGUCGGCAAAUCAUGUUUUUUGCUCUACUUAUUAAUUCGACUUUUAUGCAAUUCUGAUGAUAGCGUGAUCAUUUUUCAACCAGCUGAUGGAGAAUUAAU